UAUACUUUAAACAUGGGUUUUGUCGGAGCAACAAUCUUACCUCAUGGAGCAAUGAUAUUUGAUGGUGAUCCCAACUCGGACAGCUCAGCUUGCCGAGAAAGGAAUUCCACAAUGCCUCCAGAUCUCAUCAAGGACUGCUCUGCCCUGUACUCCUCUUGUGAGCGUGCAGCUGACUUUGUAGCCGAGAUGAGCCCUGAAGUCGUUCUUCUAGUGACUCCACACGGAAUCUCCCUGUCCUCUGGUGCAUUAGGUGUUUACAUUACUAACGCUGCUUGCGGAAAUGCGCUUUGGAAUGACACCUGGCAAGACAUUGAGGUCUCUGUUCCCUUAGACGCACAGCUCUCCGACCAGUUGCUGGACUUUGUUCAAAAGCAGGGUCUCAAAGCAGACGGAAUCGUAACGUUUUCUAUGAUGGAGGCACCGUUAAGAUGGGGCGAGGUUGUGCCUUUGUGGUUUGUUAAGAGAAAGGUUGAUUUGGACAAAGUGAAGUACAUGGUUUUGUCUGUUGGAAGACAACGUGAAGGCUUUGAGGUCAUUGGCAAGACUUUGCACGAUUUUGCUUCAACCCUUCAUCAGCGAGUAGUAGUGGUGAUUAGUGGAGAUUUAGCUCACACGCAUAAGAUGGCUUAUGAUAUUCCUCUGUAUUUGCCAGAUUACAGAUCAGACUUAAAACCUACAGACAUAGCAGAGGAAUUUGACAGAAUGUGGGAGAUGUGGGCCAGAGGUAUCCCAUACCAUGAGAAAAUGGAGUCAGGAAAUUUGGAUGAAGUUCAUCCAUGGGUUGCCACUCACAGCCGUCCAUGGCUUGAAAGGAUCCUGAAAGAUGACCCCAUUGCUAGGUCUUGUGGAAGAAGAAGCAUUCCAAUCUUGCACAGUAUUUUAGAAAAGGAAAUCGAGGCGGGGGGAAGAGUAACAUCACACUUCUUGACUCGGCGUGCUCCUACAUAUUAUGGAAUGAUGAGUGUAGUUUUUAACAUAACUAGAUCAAGCAGUGCUUGAAUAAAUCAUAUGUGUUGUGUUAAUUGUAGGUCUGUUAAAAUAUUAAGUAUUAUGGCAUUCUUAUUUUUACCAGCUGAGACUCUUUGGUGUCAGAUUCUCAUAUAAGCUCUGUAUUUUGCGAUCAGUCAUAUAUUCAAUAUUAUUUAAAACUGGAUCAUUGGAUAAUGCAAUUCGAGAGUUUUCAUUGGCUUAGCCAUCAUGGUAAGCGCAAGCGUGAUUUUUGCGGGCGUUUAUUAUUUUUAUUUCAGUUUAG